AUGGCGGCUCUGUGGAAAACUACAGCCGUGCUAACUUGGCUUCUCGCUACAGAUUCAGUAAACUGUCUGCCACAGCCAGCGGGCACCAUUGCUGAAAACAGCUUGGAGCAAUCAGCAACGCAUCCGAAGACUGCCUUUAAGACACAGUAUCCUCCCUCAAACCAGAGGAUUGCCAUCCCAGAGACGGAACCAGACUAUCGAGUUGCCCUUGACAAGCGCGGUCAUCCAUCGCAGCUUCCUUUUCCAACCGUCGACGUUGGUCGCAUCCUGGAGGACAUCGGCGGUUUGUUGUCACCCCAAUCCACCACGUCCCUGCCAGAUGCACUUCAGCCUACCGACUCUCCGACGGACGUUUCGCCAGACACGAUAACUUCUGCUACGGAUUUGAUACCCAUCCCAUCUGCCGCUCCAAUGAAUAACCAAAACAUCUUCGAGCCAGUCGCGACUGGUGCGGUCCCCGACAACAUCGAGACUCGCCACGACCACCCGGUGCAAAACGAACAUGCCGAUGCCACCAAACCAAUCGAAACCAACAAGUUCUAUGCGGGUCUCUUCCUGGGGUCGCAGACCAACGCUACUUUCACUCAGCCCUACUCCCUCGCCUGGUCGCGAGGAGGUGGAACCCUCAAGAGCUGGGGAGUGAGUGCUUCUCAUGCGGAGGAGAAUCUCCUUGCCUAUGGUCCCCCAAACCCCAACCUGCCUGGCAGCCCAGUCAACUACUACAUCAACCCUAUCGGUAUCCAGCAUAUCAUUUUGUCAGCAUCUGAACUAGAUGAAUCUAGUGUCUUGAGUACGGAGGAGCCCAAGGCGUUUUCGGCUCAGGCUGUUCUCAAGCGAUCGGGUGGUUCAGCUCAGAGUAUUACGUUCCCCGUUGUUCAGGGUAUGGGCUAUGUGACUGGUGUGUACAGUGAUCUGCAGCCCCUCGUCGAGAGUGGAGUCUUCUUCCGUCAGGUCGUCAAUUCCGGAUCCCCGAAGCCAGGUAUCUUCAAGUACCAGCUCUUCCUUGAGGAUGACACCGUUUGGUUGCUCUACGCUGCGCCUGAUGAUGGAAAAGACCCGCAAUUCGAGCUAGUCUCGACUUCUAGCCUUCGUGGUCCUGCUGGGUUUACUGGUACUAUUCAAGUUGCCAAGAAUCCUGCUGAUAAGGCAGGUGAGAAGUUUUAUGAUAACUCUGCCGGCGUGUAUCCCAUUGCGGGUGCUGUUUCUGGAGCUGUUACUGGCACUGUGGGCACUUAUGGUCUUUCGUGGACCAAGGCUGGCAAGAAUGCUACUGAUACCCCCCUCAUCAUGUUUGCGUUGCCUCACCACGUCGAGUCCUUUGAUGCCAGCACCAGUGGCCGCGCCACCAACAUUCACCUCCGCACCACCACCAAGGGAAAUGCAACCGCCGUGAUUGGAGACAACUGGGUAAUGACCGAGCCGGAUCUACCGAUGGAUAUGGGAUUCGCUCCUUGGUCACCUACCAAGGGAAGCGUACACACACUGUCUGCGAGUGCCCAGCAGUCUAUCAUCCAAAUCGCUCCUGUUGAGCUACAGCAGGAUAUCAAUAGCCAGACCAAUCUCAACAGUAUGUACUACAGUGGCAAGGCCCUGAGUAAGUUUGCGACCUUGAUUUGGACGGUAAGCAACCUCGGCAACGGCACCAACUCUGAUGUUGCCAGUGCGGCAUUGGUGGAGCUCAAGAAGUCUUUUGCUCGCUUCGUGCAAAAUCAACAGCAGUAUCCCCUUGCCUAUGAUUCGGUCUGGAAGGGUGUUGUGUCAACUGCCGGCUAUGAUGGUGACUUGAAUGCCGAUUUUGGCAACACUGCUUACAAUGACCAUCAUUUCCACUAUGGCUACUUCAUUCAGGCUGCCGCCAUCAUUGGUUCCCUUGACCCCACCUGGCUGGCUCAAAACAAGGAUUGGGUCAACAUGCUUGUUCGUGAUGCUGGAAACUCUAUCGAGGAUGAUCCCUACUUUCCCUUCUCGCGGUCCUUUGACUGGUUUAACGGUCACUCGUGGGCCAAGGGUCUCUUCGAAUCCUUUGAUGGGAAGGAUCAAGAAUCCACUUCGGAAGACACUAUGUUUGCCUACGCUGUCAAGAUGUGGGGCCAGACCACUGGCGAUGCCAGCAUGGAGGCCCGCGGAAACAUGAUGCUGGCCAUCCUGCGCCGCUCGCUCAACAACUACUUCCUCAUGCAGAGCAACAACACCAAUCAGCCGAGCAACUUCAUCGCGAACAAGGUGACUGGUAUCUUGUUUGAGAACAAGGUUGACCACACUACCUACUUUGGUAACAACCUGGAGUACAUUCAGGGUAUCCACAUGCUGCCGUUGCUGCCCAACUCUGGCUACACCCGUCAGCAGCAGUUCGUUGCUGAGGAGUGGCAGGCUAUAUUCGCAGCCAACGCCUCGACCCCCGCUACCGGAGUGGACGGGGGGUGGAAGGGUGUUCUGUUUGCGAACCUUGCUCUCGUCGAUCCUCAGGCGUCGUGGGACUUCUUCGCUCAACAGGAGUUUGACUACAGCUGGAUUGACGGUGGUGCUUCCCGUACCUGGUACCUUGCCUAUGCCGCCGGUCUCGGUGGUGGCCCUUGA